CCACGAACGUAUAACGAACAGGCAGACAUGUGCGAUGCAGAUAUUUCGGAUGAUAUGGGUAUACAAGAAGGUGACAAACAAACACAAUCACAUGACGUGGUGAUACUGAGAGAGCUAUUUGAAGAGAGCCUUCCUGGCAGUCCAAGUCUGUUACUCAGAGGGAACCAGGACAUGCAAGCAAUAGGAACAUCCAUCGAGGACUCGGAAGAUGUAUUUCAAUACCCCAAGCGUGGCGAUGGUACAGACAGUCUGCGGAGCGCUAAAACUGAGGAAGUUACAGCGAGUCAUAAUACUUGGGCCGGAAAGG